GACUUACCCUGCGACAAGUCCAAGACUACCCAGCUCAUCGAGGAACACGCCCGUUCCUCCUGGACACCGGUUGGGUUGAUAAAGAUGUUUGGUUGUGCCGCAGCAGAGUCUACGACAAAAUAUGAGGGAGGGACUUUGUGAGGAGAUAAAGGGUAUUACUGGCCAUUAGUGUCCUGUGGAUUAUCCUAAUCCAGCCCCCGUGCUGUCAGAGUGGCUACAGUAGAGUGCUUCAGUGUGGUCCUGUCACUGUGUAGGCAUGAAGAUGGAAUCCCAUGGACAGUGUGUUCUGUUGGUCCUCCUGCUUGUGUCUAACGUUCUAAUCCGUGUACACGCCCAGGAGGGGGAGGAGGUGACUGAGAUAUGGACAGGACGAGCCUGUAAGUGUGACUGUGAGGGGGCAGAAUCCCCAACCCAGUUCACCUCCCUCUCCCCCACCCCACCACGUGUCAUGGAGUGCAUGCCAGAGUGUCCGUACCACAAGCCCCUGGGUUUGGAGGCUGGAUCAGUCAGACCAGACCAGAUCAGCUGCUCCAACGAGGACCAGUACACUGGCUGGUUCUCCUCCUGGCUCCCCAGCAAUGCCAGACUCAACAACCAGGGCUUUGGGUGUGCAUGGCUGUCUAAGUUCCAGGACAACAGCCAGUGGUUGCAGAUUGACCUGAAGGAGGUGAUGGUGGUGUCUGGUAUCCUGACCCAGGGGCGCUGUGACGCUGACGAAUGGAUCACCAAGUACAGCGUCCAGUACCGCACCGACCAGAAUCUCAACUGGAUCUACUACAAGGACCAGACGGGGAACAACAGGGUGUUCUACGGGAACUCGGACCGCUCCUCCUCGGUUCAGAACCUCCUGCGUCCUCCCAUGGUAACUCGCUACAUCCGUUUGCUCCCUCUGGGCUGGCACACACGUAUCGCCAUCCGCAUGGAGCUGCUGCUCUGCAUGAGCAAGUGUACCUGAUUCUGUCUGUCCUGACGACCAGGGUCACACUCAGCAGGGUACAACACCGUGGAACGUUCAGACAGAAAAUGUAAUGAAUAGAACUGACAUGAUUCUACAUGACAGAAAGUCAUAUUGGUUCUACACAAUAUAUUUCAAUGUGACGGUCCUGUAAUGAUACACCAUCCUGAACAGGCCCAAGGAGAGCCCUGGUCGUUCCCCUGGUCGUUCCCCUGGUCGUUCCCCUGCAUGUUCCCUAUGCCAAGGUGGAAUCUACUGCUCUGGAAACCCUAGUUUCCUUCCCUUCCCCAAACGGUUAAGUAAUAUCUCUCUCCCAGGGAUGGGGUUUAUGUGUGAAAAGGUCCAUUCUGUUUUCAGAUUAGAUGUGUUACAACAACAGUUUUAUUUAUGAUUUGUUUUUUAAUACUGAACAUAAAGAGGUGGAUGGCCAGGUGUUUCCACUUGGGGGAGGAAGAGAGGAUAAAUACACGCCUGUGAACCGACAAACACAGAGAAAUUGGGGAUGAUUAUGUGAUGAGGAAAGCUCAGAGAAAGAGAACACUACCAGUCCUGUGGUUAACUGGAUGUUGUGUACUGUGUUGUGUACUGUGUUGUGUACUGUGCUGUACUGUACUGUACUGUGUUGUGUUGUGUAUGUAGUUUGUGACAGUGAUGUAGAGGUAUCGUUCGUUGCUUGUUUUAUUGUAUUCAUUUAAAGUUGACCAAAACCAGUUCCUGAAAUAAAGACAAACUCUUGUACUCUUCUGUUUCGGAGUAUCAUUGAA